AUGACUGUAACACAUCGGAAGCCUCAACAAUUGGACGAAUUGCAAGCAGCUGCUGAACCCGAUCAACAAUUCCACUGCGAUUCCUGUACAUGUGAUCUUACUCAUUCCGUCCGUAUAAAAUGUGCCGAUCCCAUAUGCGAACCUGGCGACGGAGUAGACCUCUGCCCAACCUGCUUCUGUGCCGGCAAGGAGUUCGGCCAACAUAAGGCUGGCCACGCCUACCGCAUCGUCGAACUGCACUCGUACCCAAUAUUCCAUGAGGACUGGGGCGCUGAUGAGGAACUUCUCAUGCUGUCCGGCAUCGCUGCCCAAGGACUCGGAAACUGGAAGAAAGUCGCCGACCAUAUUGGCACACGGACCAGAGACGAGGUCGAGGAGCACUACAACUCGGUGUACAUUAACUCCCCCAACUGGCCGCUGCCGGUUAUGGACCGACAAUUUGAUAUUGAUCCCGCAGAGUUCCACGAGCGUAAGCGGCGGCGCAUUGCUAAAAUGAACGCCGCCCCCCCUCCACCCGCCAAACCGGCACCGACCUCAGCGCCGGGUAUCCACGAAGUCGCCACCUUCCUCCCAGGCCGUCUUGAAUUCGAGCACGAGCUGGACAAUGACGCGGAGGAUCUCGUCAAGGAUCUGGAGUUUGGCAUGUGUAUGGAGUACGGAGGCGAUCAAAUUGCAGAAGACGAGCACGAUUUGGACGUUAAGGCGAGACAGAAGUGGGCAGAAGAGAGGCAAGCAGCAGCUACAGCAGGGAAGGGGCCUAUGAAGGGAAUAGUGAACGGGACUGUCAAUGGCUACCACCUUCACGGCGAUGUUGUAAAACGAGAGUCUCAGUCGCAUUCGCAGUCUCAAUCCCAAUCAAAGUCAGAGGAAGAUAACGCGAACGGUAAUGGUGAAGACGACGGGGCCGAUGAAGUCACACAGCCACCUCCGAUAGAAACACCGGAUUCCCUUGCGUUCAAACUUACCUUGCUGGAGAUGUACGCCCAAAGGGUUGAGAAGCGGCUGGAAGCAAAAGCCAUCAUGUUUGAUAGAGGAUUAUUGGAGUAUAAGAAGAUGGCUGCUGCAGAGAAGAAGCGACCAAGAGAAGAAAAGGAUCUUGUCCAUCGCUUAAAGCCCUUCGCGAAACUCCAGACUGCUGAUGACUUCGAGGUAUUUACCACCGACAUUCUGUACGAAGCUAUGCUGCGGAAGCAAAUACAAGAACUGCAGAGCUAUCGUCGGCUUGGACUGCAAACGGUGGCAGACAUUGAUAAAUACCAAGUUGAUCUCAACAACAGACGCUCGCAACCCAAGGGCAGCCGCGAUGUGCCAGGGCGGAAAAGCCAUGAACGCGACUUCACGCCAAAGCCAGCUGUGCGCAGACCACCCGCGCCGCUCAACAUUGCAAACAGCCCAUGCCUCCACCUCCUUACUCCAGGGGAACAAACCCUCUGCUCCACCCUGCGUAUCCUACCGAAGCCGUAUCUGGUUAUCAAGGAGACCCUGGUACGCGAGUACGCCCGACGUGGUGGAAAAUUACGACGCCGGGAAGCACGCGAUCUCGUCAAGAUCGAUGUCAACAAGACCAGUCGAGUCUGGGACUUCCUCGUGCAGACCGGCUUCCUCAAGAUCACAGCCGAGCCUGCUGCCCCCGCAGCAUCAGCAGCCCAGGCUCCCCCGGAUAGCACCACUAGCAGCACGACUAGCUCCGCUCUUCCUCCCUCGACGAGCGGAUCUCCGUUGAAAGAUCAAGCAGCGAAGAGUUCUCCACGAUUGCCAACGUUACCUCCACCUCCGUUGAAUUACCAAGCCACGAUGCCCACCCAGAACGGGUUUACAUUCCAAUACCCCUUGCCUCAAGCACAAACUACAGCGUGGACUCCCCACUAA